CCGCGCCGCGCCGCCCGCGCCGGCUUCGCCGCUCGCGCCCGCCGGCCGCCCGGCGCCGGGCCAUGGCGCUGCUGCGGGAUGUGUCGCUGCAGGACCCGCGGGACCGCUUCGAGCUGCUGCAGCGCGUGGGGGCCGGCACCUACGGCGACGUGUACAAGGCCCGCGACACCGUCACGUCCGAGCUGGCCGCCGUCAAGAUAGUGAAGCUGGACCCAGGGGACGACAUCAGCUCCCUCCAGCAGGAAAUCACCAUCCUGCGGGAAUGCCGGCACCCCAACGUGGUGGCCUACAUCGGCAGCUACCUCAGGAAUGAUCGUUUGUGGAUCUGCAUGGAGUUCUGUGGAGGGGGGUCUCUGCAGGAGAUUUACCACGCCACGGGGCCGCUGGAGGAGCGGCAGAUCGCUUACGUUUGCCGGGAGGCGCUGAAGGGCCUGCAUCACCUGCACUGUCAGGGGAAGAUUCACCGGGACAUCAAGGGAGCCAACCUCCUCCUCACCCUGCAGGGAGAUGUCAAGCUCGCCGACUUCGGGGUGUCGGGCGAGCUGACGGCGUCGGUGGCCAAGCGGAGAUCCUUCAUCGGGACCCCCUACUGGAUGGCCCCGGAGGUGGCGGCCGUGGAGCGCAAAGGUGGCUACAACGAGCUGUGUGACGUGUGGGCCCUGGGCAUCACUGCCAUCGAGCUGGGCGAGCUGCAGCCCCCGCUCUUCCACCUGCACCCCAUGAGGGCCCUGAUGCUCAUGUCCAAGAGCAGCUUCCAGCCUCCCAAGCUGAGGGACAAGAUGCGCUGGACCCAGAAUUUCCACCACUUUCUUAAGCUGGCCUUGACCAAGAACCCCAAGAAGAGGCCCACAGCAGAAAAACUCCUUCAGCACCCCUUCACAACACAGCCGCUCCCCCGGGCACUCCUCACGCAGCUGCUGGACAAAGCCAGCGACCCCCACUUGGGGGCGCCGUCCCCAGAAGACUGUGAACUGGAGACCUACGACAUGUUUCCCGACACCAUUCACGCCCGGGGGCAGCACGGCCCUGCGGAGAGGACCCCCUCGGAAGUCCAGUUUCACCAGGUGAAGUUUGGCGCCCCCCGCAGGAAGGAAACGGACCCGCUCAACGAGCCGUGGGAGGAGGAGUGGACGCUGCUGGGGCAAGAGGAGCUAAGCGGGAGCCUGCUGCAGUCCGUCCAGGAGGCGCUGGAGGAAAGGAGCCUGACCAUCCGGCCCGCCCUGGCCCUGCAGCCAGCUGCCCCUCCCGGCACCCCGCAGGAGCUGGACUCCCCAGACGACGCCAUAGGAACCAUCAAGCGGGCUCCGUUCCCGGGGCCGCCGCCCGCUGAGCCUCGCCCCGACGAGCCCCUGUCUAGUCCCCCUGGAACCCCGCCCCGGCCUCUUGCAGGUCCCGACAGCUCCCCGCUGCUGUCCACCGCCUGGGCCACCAUGAAGCACUCGGCCGAGCCUGAGAGGUCUUCGUGCCACGGGCUCCCCCCGACCCCCAAGGUGCACAUGGGCGCCUGCUUCUCCAAGGUCUUCAACGGCUGCCCUCUGCGCAUCCACGCCGCCGUCACCUGGGUCCACCCCGUCACCCGGGACCAGUUCCUGGUGGUGGGGGCCGAGGAAGGCAUCUACACCCUCAACCUGCACGAGCUUCACGAGGACACGCUGGAGAAGCUCAUCUCGCACCGCUGCGCCUGGCUCUACUGCAUCAACAACGUGCUGCUCUCGCUCUCAGGGAAAUCUACGCACAUCUGGGCCCACGACCUCCCCGGCUUGUUCGAGCAGCGGCGGCUGCAGCAGCAGGUGCCCCUGUCCAUCCCCACCAACCGCCUCACCCAGCGCAUCGUGCCCAGACGCUUUGCCCUGUCCACCAAGAUUCCGGACACCAAAGGCUGCCUGCAGUGCCGCGUGGUGCGGAACCCCCACACGGGCAGCACCUUCCUGCUGGCCGCCCUGCCCGCCAGCCUGCUCCUGCUGCAGUGGUACGAGCCGCUGCAGAAGUUCUUGCUACUGAAGAGCUUCUCCAGCCCCCUGCCCAGCCCGGCGGGGCUGCUGGAGCCGCUGGUGCUGGACGGGAAGGAGCUGCCACAGGUGUGCGUGGGCGCCGAGGGCCCCGAGGGCCCGGGCUGUCGCGUGCUGUUCCACGUCCUGCCGCUGGAGGCCGGCCUGACGCCCGACGUCCUCGUGCCCCCUGAGGGACUUCCGGGCUCGGCCCAGCAGGUGAUCCAGGUGGACAGAGACACUGUCCUCGUCUGCUUUGACCGCUGCGUGAGAAUCGUGAACCUGCUAGGGGAGCCCACGGCCACGCUGGCGCCCGAGCUGACCUUUGACUUCCCCAUCGAGACUGUGGUGUGUCUACAGGACAGCGUGCUGGCCUUCUGGAGCCAUGGCCUGCAGGGCCGCAGCCUGGACACCAAUGAGGUGACCCAAGAGAUCACAGAUGAGACGAGGAUCUUCCGUGUGCUCGGCGCGCACAGGGACAUCAUCCUCGAGAGCAUCCCCACCGACAACCCCGGGGCACACAGCAACCUCUACAUCCUCACGGGCCAUCAGAGCAGUUACUGACCCCGCUGCCCGCCCAUGCCUCCGUAUAACUGGACCCCCGAGGAAGCUGCCAUCUCCCUCCCGCCCCACCUCCUCCCGUCCCCUGCGGCCGGCGCCCGGGCGGGCAGGCGGCCUGGGCUGUGCAUUCCACGUCGUCCACGUUUCCUUCCCGUACUUUCUGCCAAGCCCGGGAACACGGUAUUUAAGAGAGAGACUAUAUUGCUAUUAAAGCGGCUCUGAUUAUACCCCAGGCUCCCCGCCCAGUCAGGAGAGCAACCCCCGGCCUCGACGCCCUGCGCCUCCCCCGUCCAUCCGUCCGUCAGUCCCUCCCUCCCUCCCUCCCUCCACAGCAUGUGCCAUGCCCUGGGAGCUCUGGACGCCCCGAGGUGAUCCCCUCUGGGGGGAACGUGGUGGAGGUGACCUGGAGGCAUCUCGGGGUGCUCCCUGCUCAGGCCCAGCCUCCAGCUUGGCAGCGAGGCCUUUGUGUCGGGCACCCCACACGAGGAGGCUGCAGAGUUGGGGGGACACUCAUCCGGGCAUCCUGCCCUCGCCACGACCUCACUUGGCAGCCUAUAGGCGGUGCCAGGAAGUAUCAGCCCCGGGCUGCCCUUCUCUGCCUGGGCACCCGACCCCGCAACUGCUGAGACCGGCUGGGGCCCCCAGCCCGUCCAGCGAGCACUGUCAGCGCGGGGCGGCGCCUGGAGACGGGCCCAAGUUUGGCCCCUCCCGCUAGCCUGGGCAUGUGUGGGGGUAAGUGCUUCACACGUGGGAGCCCCCGGGUAAAUAUUGGACAAAUGAACAGCCUGGCGUGGGAGGGAGCCAGCAGCUUAAUGAAGAGUGAGCAGGGGUGCCAGGCGCGGGGGGCAAGGGGGCGGCAGUCAUCCUGGCGGGGGAGACCCUGUACAACCUGAUUUCUCCUUCACGGGAGUUUCCGGGGGUUGGGGGUGGGGAGGCAAGACCCAAGGCCCGGGCUCCAGGCCCCUCCCUAGUUCUAAAUGCCUGCCCGGGCAUUGGAGGGCAGGAGGGGACAGGAGUCCUCGCCCAGCUUUGCCGGGAAGGGCAGGAGGAGGUGCAGGCUUGAGUUGGGGGUGGGGAGGUGAGUUGCUCUUACAGAGGCCCUGACCCCAGGGCCCAGGGAGCCGCGGGCAGCGCCACCUGGUGGCCAGUUGUUAUACAACGCCCUAGGCUAUUGCCAGGUGGGACGAAGGGCAAGGUUGGGGUAUAGUGCCAAAGUAGGGGGCCUGGCAGAAGCCAGGACCUCUGAUAAAAUAUUUGUUGCCAAAGCCAGGCCAGGAAUCCGGGAGUGUGUGCUGAGAGACUAAUAUGGUUAUUUUAUGUAUAUAUUUUUAAGUAGGUCGCCCCCUGCUGGUAGAGCGCUAUUUAAAAAAACUAUAAAAUGAACACAAAUAAAGUCUUGCACUCGGG